GGCCGUACCGCACGCUUCACUCACUUCACACAACGCCAAACUACGCCGCGCGCGAACGCGUAACCGCCCCCAACUUCAUCCCCCGAUACGCCCAACGACCAUCGUCUACCUCUGUCGCCCUCGCGCCCCUCCAUCAUGGCAAACUACGCCGACCCCGACGCGCAAAUGGGCGGAGGUCCGGGACCCUACGUCAACCAAAACGGAACACCACCGGCGCAACACCACCAGCAGCACAUGACCGACCCCGAGCUACGCCUUCAAGAGAAUCUCCAGCAGCUUCGUGACGGCGGCGACAUGGCACAUACGAGCGGCCCGCAGCAACCCCAGUACCAGCAGCUAGCACAGAUGGCUCCGUCAUUGAGCGCGCAUCAGCACUUUCAGACUCCCCUACGGCCUACCCACUCUCCGCAGCAGAUGGCGCAUGCCGUCAUGAGCUUGGAGGGACACCACGACGCCUAUGACCCAAACGACCCGAGUCGCAAGCGAUCAAAGGUGUCGCGAGCCUGCGAUGAAUGUCGGCGGAAGAAAAUUCGAUGCGACGCCACCACCGAGAAUGGGCCAGAGUCUUGCUCCAGCUGUAAGAGGACGGGGGCGCGGUGCCAAUUCAGCAGACAGCCUAUGAAGCGCGGACCUAGCAAAGGGUAUAUCAAGGAACUGGCCGACCGGCUGAAUUCGCUCGAAAGCCAGAUCCAGCACCCUCAGAACCCGUCGCACAACUUCGACUUUGGAGCCAUGGGCGACCAAAGUUUUCCCGAUACACAGAGUCCACCCCAAUUCAAGCGACAGCGCACUCACUCCAUGACAGAAGGCUUUCAUGAGGCCUUUGGCCGACCCAGCUGGACCGGCCAGGAUCGUGAACCUUCGCUGAACGGCAACCGUCGCACCUCAUUCGGAGAGCUGACUUUGGCCGGUAGUCUUAUCACAGGAUCCAAUGAGGGAACCCUCAAAGCAUACUACAACAUCAUCCAUCCGACUCUACCAGUUCUGCCUCACGACGAAUCAGCACUGAACCGUCUCACCAACUGUCCCCCAAAGCUACGGGAGGCCUUCUUUCUAUCUCUUGAAGGCUGCAUUCGUUCGUUCGCCUCAAAGGCGUUACCAACCAUGGAACUGAGCCUCAAUCAACUGUUGCAACAAUGCUUCGUCUCGGUAGAUGCAGCCAAAUACUGCUUGAGCGAUGCAGACAGCUCACGCCAACUCUACAAUAACCUGGUCUACUGUCAGUCGCUGAUACUGCUUGCAGCUGCUUCCGACAGACCAGGACCAGGCGUUGUGGGCAGUACAGCUCAGCUGCUUGGUCAAAUUGCGGGCUGCUUCACCGACGCAGGCUUGAACGACUCGAGAACACUAAGUAUACUCAGAGAACAGGACCAAGAAGCUUUCUACACCGCACGGCGUGUUUUCUGGACUGCAUUCAUCCUGGACCGUUUCUAUGCAUCUAGUCGAUCGAAAGACAUCAUGUUUCCCCUGCAUUCCGGCUCUCUCUCGCGGGACGAUUAUUCUGCGCUGGGCGAAGUUGGCUAUCAUCUAGCUCGUGCCGCGGAAAUCGUAGGCCAGAUAGCUUACGUUAACCGCGCCGGUAGCGUUCCAAAUAUGGAUCCGUCGUCGCCUUUCGCUUUCUCAGCAUUGAACGCGGCUUCGCCUCAGUCCAUUUACCUCCAUGGGCAAUUAACCGGCUUCCGGGAAUCCAUUGACAUCACCACCCUAACCAGCAAUUCCCCUCCUCAUCUUGCUUAUCAGUACCUGCGUGUCUUCGUAGCACGGCUUUCCUCCCAAAAUGCCUCCUCCUCGGAGGUGCUGAAUGUUACAAAAGAGCUCCUAAGUAACUUGACUAACGGGGCUAUCACACCACUUCACCACAUCUUUGCCGCCUUGGUUGCAACAUCGCUUACCGAACUCUCGGAUAGGGUGGAAACACAGGUGGACGCGCACGCCAGCCUCAAAGCAAUGAGCGACGCGCUGGAAGACGGCCAGAUGAUAUACCGUAGUUCGGAUGGUCUCGGCUGGGACACCGCUAUCCGAGAUCUCCUCCAUCAAAAGCAGGAGCCGACACCGCCGUUAAAUGUCCCUGAACUGACCAGUCCUGUCCCACAACCCAACAUGGCUGGUCUGCAGCAUCUCGCCGCGGCCGCCGUGGGGGAACGUGAAGGGGUUGAUGCUCGUCCCGCUAGUAGCGGCGGUAACGGAAACCCUUCGCAACCUUCGAAAGUCGAUCACGACCUAUCCGCCGCCAUGGCUGCAGCAAACGAGGCCGCAAAAGCCCAGGCGACUGCUGCCGCUGCGCAACAGUUGUCAUCAUCUCCCAACGGCAACGGCGGGAAUAACUUCGACUCUAGUGCGUUGAAACAAGAUUGGUCAUGA